UAUAUUCCCAAAUUUCAAAAUCGCCAUUAUCGUUAUCGACUUGCUGUUCGUGUACAGUGCUGUAACUUUAAGCUAGGGAUUUUGCGCCAGUUCAAAUAGUAAUGGCGGUUUCAUCAUCUUCUAUGCCUCCAAUCCUCUCUCCAAUGGGGGUCACCGUCAGAACAAACUUUGGCUCGUCUUCUCCCAAUCUUCCUCUCUUCAACUUCUCGUCGAAGAACUUCGUUCGACGUCCAUCUAUCGUCGUUUUCUCUUACGAAUCGAGAAACGGACUCUCGAUCGAUGAGAAGCGAGUGUUACUUGAGCGAUACGGUUUCGAUGCUGAUGAGUCCUUGUCUGAAUCUUCUCCAAAGUCGAGAAGGAGAAAGGAACUGCAAAGGACAGGUAGAGGGAAGCAGGCUACUCUGGAGGAACCUCGGCCGCCGCGAGAAACCCACAAGCUGCUUCAGGUGCUUGGAGGGAAGGCUCGAAGGAAGAAGUUGCUCUCACCAAAGGGCAUGGAUGUACGCCCAAUGAUGGAAGUUGUGAAAGGUGCAGCCUUUGAUAUUUUGCAGGUGGCUGGUGGCUGUCCUGCAUCCUUGAGGCCUGGUCGCUGGUUGGAUUUGUAUAGUGGUACAGGAUCUGUUGGAAUUGAAGCUCUCAGCAGAGGUUGUUCCGAGGUGCAUUUUGUUGAGAUGGAUCCUUGGGUAGUUUCAAAUGUUCUACGACCAAAUUUAGAAUGGACUGGCUUUCUAGAUGUUUCUGCCAUACAUGCUGUCCGUGUUGAAAAUUUCUUGAAACAAGCAGAACAAUUUGCAGCAUUUGAUUACAUUAGCGUUACACCACCCUAUACAGAAGUCGAUUAUGAGGUGCUGAUGGGUCAAAUUUCAAAGUCGUCGUUAAUUGGGGAAGAUACUUUUAUAGUGAGUUGUAUAGUACUUCUGCUACUUGAACUCCUAUGUCUGCACAUUCUUGGGAUGUUACCUUACUUCCCAAACUUUUAUGGCGUACAGGUAGUGGAAUAUCCUCUAAGAACUGACAUGUUGGAUUCAUGUGGGAGUCUUAUAAAGGUAUUUCAACAGUAUUUACUUGUCUACAGUCUGCACACAGAAAACGCCAGUGAGUGGCAUUUAUAACUGGUGACAAUUUGCACCCCAUAUUUCUAUGAAAAUUUUGUAGUGGAUGUUAAAUUUGAAGGUUAAGACCAGGAAUGGUUGAAUGAGGAGUUGCACUAUGAUCAAACAGCUUCGUAUGUAUCCAUUGUUUGAUGAAAAGCAAUUUCCCUAAUGUCUUUCUUAACUGCCAAUGUGGAAGUGUAGAUUGGUGGUCGACGAUUUGGACGGACACAUUUGGCAAUUUAUGGACCUGUGUGGGCACAAAAGAAGAGAAAGUCGGAGAAAUCCCUUCAGAAAUGGCUCUGAAGGUUAGAAUGGAGGUGUAAAUGGAAACUUAAGCCAGAGAACAAUGUCCCAGUUUUCCAAAUGCCAUUUGCAGGUGGUGUAAUCUUCACUCCUAUCAGAUUGUGGCAGAAGUCACACUUGCUCCAAUGAUCCUCAUGGUAAAUUUUAUGCUACGCAGCCAAUGCAUGCUCAUCUGUGAUCUGAUACAGUGCCAGAUUAUCUGCUAUUUGCUUCUGUUGGCAUCUUCUCAAAGAAACAUUGGACUCAUAUAUUGCAGAUCAAUGUCUUCAUUGGUAUUUCAGCAUUACCCCCCUGGCAACAGUUUUUGUGAGUCGGAUUGACUGCAUCAAAGAUAAUUUGUAACUGUAUUUGAACUCAUCUCGAUAGCUAGAUAUUUUCACCAAUUCCCUUCAUCUUACAAAUUUUAGACAUGUUAUAAGAACCAACUGCCUAGUAUGCUUGCGCCCGACACUGAAAAUACAUGUGUGUAACUGUGUAUUGUAUUCAUUUGUCUUAGAAUGGUAGUAUGUUUCUUCUUUUUUUUAAUAUAAUUUUCUGUAUUAAACUAAUA